CUUCGUACAAGCAACACCACUCACAAACAAUAUCAACGUAUCAACAAAUAAUUUUCCCAUUAAAAAUGUUCAAGAUUUUGGUUCUUGCUGCUGCUGUGGCCUGCGUGGUAGCUGAGCAUCAUGCAUCUUCUUACGCAUCAUUCAACAAUCAUGUUGAACACAGUUAUCAUCACGGGGAUCAUCAUGAUCAUCAUGAGCCCCACCAUCAUCCAAAAUACGAAUACAAAUAUGGCGUUGAAGACCACCACACCCAUGAUAUGAAAGCAGCCGAAGAGGAACGCGAUGGGGAUGUUGUUAAGGGAUGGUACAAACUGGAGCAGCCUGAUGGCAGGACUCGCAUCGUUCAUUACACCGCUGAUAAACACAAUGGAUUCAACGCUGAUGUUACAUAUUCCGGCCAUGCUGAUCAUCAUUAUUGAGUUUAAAAGAGAACUUUUAAUUUAUUUUUUUGCCAACAAUGUAUAACUGCUAAUAAAUUAUAUAUUUAUAAUAAUAUAUUUUCUAAUAAAAAAUGAUAAAAUAUUA